UUGAACUUACUCGGUGGUAAUACAAAUAGUAUGGAAAGUGUAUUAAGUGAGCUUCGAGAAUUAGGUGAGCAACUCGCAACUUAUAUCCAGCAUGUGAAGCUUCUAAAAAAUGAGGAAGAUAUUAGUUCACUUAAAAAGGCAAUAUUCAGCCUGGAGAAUGAUCUUAAACUACUUCGAACGUCAUAUGAAUGCCAGAUAAAUCACCUGAGUACUACUCUAACUAUUGUACUGGACGAAAAGAGAGAUUUGGAGAAUGAAAUUCUAGUAAGGAAAGAAAAUGAUGCUCAUUUUCUGGAUAGGUUUACUUUUUUACGAUUGGUAUGUAUUUUGCAGGAUCUCAGUAGAGUCCUCUAAAAAUGCUAAACUUCUUAUGGAGAUAAGUCAUCUUAAAACUGAUGUUGCGGAAAAAAAUAAUCAGAUCAUGGCGCUGAAAAUGCAUGUGCAGGAGUUGGAGACACAUGGAGAAGAGAAAGAAACAGUGAAGUUGAAUCUUACUGAGGAAAUAAAUCUUCUGAAGCAAAAACUUUCAAUGUCUGAGGAUCUGUAUACUGAGACUGCUAACCAGCUUCAAAGUGCAUUGUUGAAAAUAAAUUCUCAAAAAUUGUUUGCGAAAGAGCGUCUUAGUCGCAGUCAAAACAGAAUACAAUGGUAUAUUUCUCAGUUUGCUGCAAAGGAUUUUCAAGUUGAAGAAUCUCGCAGAAGAGAAGCUUCCAUUUCUACUGCCAUCUCUCAAUUACGUGCCAAAGCACAGGAGGAACUUAUUCAAUACCGUCAACAAGCUUCAGAAAUUUACAAAAAACCAAUAGCAACUUUGCAAAGUCAGUUGGCUUCGGAGAGAAAAGAAAAUCAAUUGUUGAAGACCAAGUGUCUGAAGAAUGAUCAAACAAUUCUUAACUUGCAACGGCAAGUUGCUGAAUUGAAUUCUAAAAUUAACAGCACUGAACAUCAUACUGAACUUUUGAAGAAUGCUUUGGAAAGUUUGGGGAAGGAGCAUAAUCGCCUAAGAAGUAACUAUGAAGAUAAGAUUCAGAGACUGGAGGCUUCUAUAGCUUCUAGUGCCGCUGACUUCGACUCUAUGAAAAGUAAAGAGAAUGAAGUUAUGAGAGAAAUAUCAAAAUUUAAAAGCAUGUUGAAUUUAGAGGAAGAGAGUCCCCACUCACGGAUAUAUAACAAACAAACUAAUCCAAUUAAUGGGGAACUGGUUGAUGAAGGGGAUUUAGAGUGUUCGGAAAAUGAUAAAAAAAUCGAAUUCGACAGAACCUAUGGACCGAAAUCUAUCUCACACUCAGAUUGUACUGUUUCAUCAAAAGGCAUUCACCCUUUCGUAAUGGAAUCAAAUGAUGAACUCCGCGACACUUCUGAGAAUAUUGAUGUUGAGUUACAAAACUGUGAUCAAGUAAACUAUGACAUGAAGAAAUUUGGUGUAAAUUCUUCCAAAAAUGCAAUAAUAGGUACACAAAUUGGUGGCUCAAUACCUGGUAGUCCAGGGUCGUCGAUGUCUUUAUCAGGGUCCAAUGCUAUUGGAUAUUUACAAAUUUGUGAAAUUGAUCCUAAUGGUGAGUAUUUACUUCUAUGGAAUUCAAGUACAAACAAGGAAAUUGAUAUUGGAUUAUACAAAGUUUGGCAAAAACAUAUUCAAGAGAAAAUUAAUGAAUAUACUUUCCCAGCUGAUGUUCGGAUGUCACCACGAACUGUUUUUACUUUAUGGUCAAACAAUGCUAUUAUACCAAAGAAUGUAUGCAAUACAAAAAAUGUAUUCCGAUGUCCAAAUGUUUGUAAAUGGUUCAAUGGUCCAAAUUAUAUAACUAUGGUAUCAAACUCUCAUGAUGAGAUUUUAGCUUGGCUUACCCCAUCUGCACGAUGUUUUACGAGUCGUAGUGAACGAGAAAAUUCAUUACAGAAUUGUAAUUCAUCCGGAAUUCAAUAUACACCAGAUCUUAGUUAUGAUUCGUUAAUGAUAACAAGACAAAAGUCAAAUAAUAAUAAAUUAGCAUCAUCAUCAUCAUCAACAACAACAACAACAACAGUGACCACAGCUGAUUCAUCUCAUCAUCAUCAUCAUCAUCACAAUUCUACUAAUGAUAUUGAAAUUGAUGAAAUUAAUCAAGUUAAAUUAGAUAAAAGUCCAACACAAUUCAAUGUGAAUGAAUCAUAUAAACAAUAUACUACUGAAAUACAAAAUAAUUUAAAUAAUAUAUCAAUGAUGAAAAGAAAUAAUCAUAAUAAUCAUAGAAACUCUAAUUUAUUAAAAAUUAAAAAUUUAAUUUCACUUAAUCCGCCAAAUAAUUCACAACAAUUCAAUUUAAAUAAUAAUAACAAUCUAAAGAUCCCAUAUCCUUAUAAAUCAUACUUUAAUCAAUCACGUCAAUUAUCCAGUGAGACUGAUCAAAAUAAUUAUUGAUUUAUUAACAAAUCGAUAAAUCAAUAUGAAAGUGCGUGUGUGUGUGUGUGAGUAGUUUCUAGGCACUUUUUCUUAAAAUAAAAUUGAUUCUUCAAAUCAGUACUCAAUAUAUUUCUUUAUCAAUUUUUUUUUAAUUUAUUAUUUCAACAAUAUUAAAUAAAUUAUUAUGGGUUUUAUAUCAUAUAUGUUACAUUCUAAUAUGGUAAUAUAUUACAA